CGGAGCUCAUUGAACGCAGCACGGUGACUGUGACGCUGCUGGACAACACACGGCUCGUGAAUGUGACACUGGUGUCUGAGAGAUAAACAAACCCGUCCUGCAUGGCUCUUUGGACUCCAAAACACUUCACCUUACUCGUCUCAGAGUCGCUUUGCAGCUUCUUUAAUCGUUCAAAGGUGCAUUGGUUGAAAGGGGAUGACUUAGGUGAUGAAAAGUUAGAUAUGAGUCCGCUGAGAGUGAUCUGGUGUGAUAAUUGCAUGCUGCAUGUCUGAUAGCCACCCAUCACCCACCUGCACCUCCUCUUUUUUAUGAUGCAUUGCCCGCCUUUACAUAUACAUAUGUCUGGCCAUCCCUUGCAUGUUGUGCUGUGACUGUUUGGCAACAUGAGGAAAGACAGGGAUAACCCUCUGGCACUGUCAUCCAAGAAACCAUGCCAGAGCCGGACCAACUAUGGACGAGAGCUUGAGAGGCUGUGUGCUGAAUUGGAGGCAGAGAGGAGACGAACGCAGCGGGCCCGUGGACUCCUCUGUGUGGAGCUUAGGCACCUACGGGAAGACGCAGAGAGGGAAGAGCAGAGAGCUGUGAGGGAGCUGACAGCACGGCAUGGGUGCCAAAAGAUCGGUCACUCUAACAGACACCAGAGACUGCUAGUCAAAGAGGUGAACGUUACAGAUGGUGGACAAUACACCGAGUCCACAGGGAAGGAGGCUUUUUGUUUGCACCGUGGAGAAACGUAUACAAAGCUUGAGCAGUUGCUGCUGACACUGUAUGAGAAGAUAAAUGGUGAGCAGGCAGGAUACAAAUUGCAUCACAGGCAGGAUUUGGAGCUAGAAAAGGCUGUCUUCCUCUGCCACCUGCUAGAAGCUCAUGGAAGACUGUUGCAGGGGAGGAAAAGAGCAGGACACCUCAGAAAACCAACUCAUGCAGACAGCAGGGAUUCCUACCAGACAAAGUCUCCCCUGACCUGCUCCAGGGCCCUACCACAGAGAUCCCACAGUGACCCCAGCUCCCCAAAGAAGAGAACCAAACAAGAUCAAGGAAGGCAGCCUUUAGGGAGAGUGCAGAGUGCAGCUGACCCCUGCACCACCGCUGCAGUCGUGGACACCUGUUGGAGCAGCUCUCUGAAAAUUUGCCACCCUCUCGACGCUCCCAAUGCAGGCUGGGACGACCAGCCCCCCUGCUGCGCUGAGUCCUCUGGGUCACACGGGUCACCGCCCUCCAAAUGCAUGGACAGAAACAUGGAGAAUGGUACAGACUACGGAUUCCUGGUGCGUCAGAACUCUGAGCUCCUGCGAGCCCUGGAUGAUUUGGAGAAGACUUGUACCACACUGAGGGAGGAGAAUGGCCUGCUGCGGAAGAGCAGCGCCCCAGAGACCGAGGAGAAGGUCAGGCGGCUGAGGAGGAAGAACACAGAGCUGGCUGUUCUCGCUAAGAGGCUUGAAGACAGGGCGAGAAAACUGCAGGAGGCCAACCUCAGAGUGGUGAAUUCGCCGUCACUGAUGAGACCCGGGUCGGUGGAGCAGUACAAGAGGGCUUUUGCCCGGCAGCGAGCUCGAGACCUAGCACAGCACGCUGACGCUCUGCUGUCUAAAGACAAAGAGAUUGCUGCCCUUCAGCAAGAGAAUAGAGAGCUGGAAGCUCAGCUUGGCAACACUAAGGGCUCCCAUGUUCCACCUGGACGUGGUGAAUUUGAGAGGCUUCUCAGGGAGUCUCAGAGGGAGGUGCUGCGACUCCAGAGACAGCUGUCAGUCACAUCAUCCACACAACCGCAGAACAAUCAUAGCCCUGACCCCGGUGGACCAGAGAAGAGUGGGGACAUUGAGGAGGAGGAGGGAGAGGAGAAGGAGGUGGUUGAAGAGAAGGUUGUACGGGAGACCCCGUGUGUGGUGUUAGAUGAAGCUCCAUCCAGGUGUGAGAAGACUCCCGGAGAGGAGGAGGAGUCGGGGCUGCAAGUGACGCCCCAACCGGGCCUCAGCCCGACCCCCUCCCAUCAGGAGGAGCACUCAGAGGAUCAGCGACUACAGUUUCUGGAAAGUGAGCUGAGCAAGAAGAGAAAAGAAUGUGAAAACCUCGAGCAUGAAGUAAAGAAACGACAGAAGAGAUGUCUGGAUUUGGAGAGCCAGCUUGAGGAUGAGCGAAGCAAAAAUGAGCAACUGAAGGAGGAGGCGGAUCUCCUCAGGAGGAAGGCACUGCUGCUCGACCAGACUCGGGCUGAGAAUGAGGAGCUGAGGGACGAUCUCUCUGAAGUGACCGCUCAACACAAUUCAGUUCUCGAGGAGAACCAGAGACUCCGUGCCAAACUGGAGAACCUAGAGCAGGUCCUAAAGCAUAUGCGUGAGGUCGCCGAGCGAAGGCAGCAGCUGGAAUUGGAACAUGAGCAGGCACUGGCUAUCCUUAAGUUCAAACAGGAUGAGAUCAAACGCUUACAGCGGGCUCAGUUAUUUGCCAAGCGGGAGCAUGAGGGAGUGGUUCAGAUGCUUGAGGAGUUGACUCAGCUUGUGUUGCAGAGGGAGCUGUCAAAGGUGCGAGAGCUGGAGGAGAAAUGCCGCAGUCAGAGCGAACAGUUUGGCUUGCUGUCCCAGGAGUUGGAGAAGUUUCGACUGCAGGCAUCAAAAGUGGACCUGGCCAGCACCAGCCUCCUUAAUAAUCCCAGCCUCUCUGCUCUGACCAAUGGGGUGGGCCUGACUACAGAACGAGAUGUGGCAGCUGCACUGCGGAUGGGGGCCACCCCCCACGCUGCAGGGCUGUCCAGAGUGGAGCGCUCUCCCCUCACAAAGCACAGAGAGCUGCCCACCAUCAGUGUCAGCAAGUCAGGCUCCACCUCCAGCAAGUCAGAAACUGCACACCUCACCCCCAAGUCUGAUACCCACCUCAGCCCGCACAAAUCAAGCCCAACACAUGAGGUGGACACAGCAAGUGAAGUGGAGGAAUUGGACAUCGACGUGGCUCCGGUACCUUACACAGAGCGAGGAGCAGCAAAGCUUCAGGUUUUCAUCGCAAGAUACAGCUAUAACCCUUAUGACGGCCCAAAUGACAACCCCGAAGUGGAGCUUCCACUCACUGCUGGAGAGUACAUCUAUGUGUACGGAGACAUGGAUGAUGAUGGCUUCUAUGAAGGUGAGCUGAUGGACGGACGGAGAGGGCUGGUUCCCUCCAACUUUGUGGAACGCGUAUCAGACGAUGACAUGAUGAGUGCUCACCACCCAGAGACAGGGGACGUGUCUCACAACUCCCUGCUAGACAGCAGCCUGCAUAGUGCCAGCCACCAGCAUCACCUCCACCUGGGCGUCAGCGCCUCAGGAAGGACAGACACCCAUACUCCCUCUGGCCCUGCCUCAGCCCCCUCAGACUCAGCAUCGGCCUUGGCUGUCCCAGCCCCCCUCACCAACGGCCUGGACUUGGAUUUGGAGGAGGUGGGAGUGGACGUUGUGCCUUACCCACGUAAACUCACCCUCAUAAAGCAGCUUGCCAAGAGCAUCAUCAUCGGCUGGGACCCUCCGCUGGUGCCGGCUGGGUGGGGCAAUGUGUGGAGCUAUAAUGUGUAUGUGGACCAGGAGCUGCGGCUCAAUGUGCCCUUCGGUUCUCAGACCAAAGCAGUGCUAGAGCGGCUGGACAUAAACCUCAAGGCCUACCGAGUGUCAGUGCAGAGCCUGACGGAGAAGGGCCUUUCUGACCAGCUGCGCUGCAGCAUGCUGGUGGGUCGGGACGUUUGUGUGGCGCCCACGCAGUUGCGCGUGGAAAGGAUUACCGCCACCUCUGCCAACCUGACCUGGCUGCCCAGCAAUAGUAACUAUGUGCACAUUGUGUCCUUGAACGAGGAGGAGUGUGAGCUGGUGAAGGCUGGCUGCUACUCGCUGUGCCUCAACAACCUCUUGCCGAGCCUGCAGUACUCAGUCAAAGUGGAGGCACGGCCACACCGCACACCAUGGGAGCUACCUGUGGAGCGGCGGGAACACAGAAGCGCUACAAUCAUCUUCAGCACACUGAUGGCAGGCCCCCCUGAUGCUCCUCUGGACGUUCAACUGGAGCACGGCCCCUCUCCAGGGAUCGCCCUCAUCAGCUGGCUGCCGGUCACUAUAGAUGCUGCUGGGACCUCCAACGGAGUCCGUGUAACUGGAUACACGAUAUAUGCUGACAGGAAAAAGGUGCUGGAGGUGUCUUCCCCUACAGCUGGCAGUGCUCUGCUGGGCCCCUCUCAGAUCCAGUCCCUGCAGACAGCUAGGGACCUCACCGUUCGUACCAUGUCCGCCCAUGGGGAAUCCUGUGACUCUUUGCCUGUCAAUGUGCCCUCCAAGCUGGCUGCCAUCAUGUCAGGUCCAGCUGUCAUCACCCCAGUCGUGCCAGCCACACCCUGCACCCCUUCCGGUUGUAGUAACCUUCCUCCUCCGUCCUACGGGAACUCUGCUGCCAAAGUCUCUGUGCUGCCCACCUCUUUGCCAUCAGACUCUCACUUCUCUGGCCUCUUGGUGGAAGCUGCUGCCAACCCUCCUCAUGCUCUCCAGUCAGAAGAUCGUCUCCUAUCUGCCUCAUACGUGAGGGCCUGGGCCAACCCAUGUUCUGCUGCUGCCUUGGCUGCGUGUGAGGCCACAUUACCAGUAGCCUCCACCAUUAAUCCUGUGGUUCACGUGGCCUCCCCUAUCACCUCAGCGCCUCCACCAUGUCCAGUUGCAGCACCAGCUCCUGCACCUUCAGCAGCAGUGGCAGCAGCACCAGCAAUGGUGCCAGAUCAGCGCAGAGACACCGACAGCCCCGGAACAAUCCGUCCUUUUCCAUCCAUCACAGAGUUCAUUGAAGAGGACCCUAGUGCCAAGCUUGGGACUCCUGAGCGCAUCCCAACUCCACCUAAAGCCCCCAUCACAGACCUACUUAACCCUCAGGAAAUCAACCUCCUAAGACCCCCUGUUUCACCGCUGGACUCAGAGACAGAGGAGGAGAGAGAGAACACCCGCCUGGUGUCCAUCGAGGAGUUCUUAAGGCAGGACCAGCAGCCAGAGUACUCCAGGAGGCAGCAGAAUUACAGCAAAGGGCUUGGUGAGCCUCCCAGUGACUACAAUGCGGACAAUAGCCGCUCAGAUCUGUCCGACAUCCUGGAGGAAGAGGAGGAGGACCUGUACUCUGACCACCUCGGAGCAGUGCAGGGCAGGGGCUACACUGUCGCAGCUUGCAGGGAGCCCGGCCAAAUGCCCCCAGCUGAGGCAGGUCCAUCGUGGGGAGCCCAGACUGAGCUCUCUUCUAAACCAGCAUGCUCGCAGGCCAGGCAACCUAAAGGGGGUGUCGAUUCAGCAAAGAUAAAAGCAGACAGCGACAUUCGCAUCUUUGUGGCCCUCUUCUCCUAUGAUCCCACCACUAUGUCACCCAAUCCUGAUGCUGCUGAGGAAGAGCUGCCCUUUUCUGAAGGACAGAUCAUCAAAGUGUUCGGAGAUAAAGAUCCAGACGGGUUCUACCGAGGGGAGUCUGCUGGUCGUCUGGGCUUUGUGCCGUGCAACAUGGUGUCUGAGAUCCAAGUGGAGGAUGAGGAGACGCGGCAGCAGCUGCUGCAGCAGGGCUUCCUGUCCACAGCUGCCUCCAUGGAGAAGAUAGAUCCCAGCCAGACUGCUGCCCCUGCUGUGGGAAACCCCACGCCAGGAGCUCGUAGGAUGGUCGCCAUCUUUGAUUACGAUCCACGGGAGAGCUCCCCCAACACUGACAUCGAGGCUGAGCUGACCUUCAGUGCAGGAGACAUCAUACAUGUUUUUGGAGACAUGGAUGAAGAUGGUUUCUUCUACGGAGACUUAAAUGGACAAAGAGGUUUAGUCCCCUCCAACUUCCUGCAGGCCAUACCAGAGGAGGCUCCAGCAGAACCCCCCUCUGCUCCGCCUGCACCAGAACCCAAGAAAGAGCCACAGGGGACCUGCUCAUCAUCCUCAGAGCCACCGGAUCCUGGGCCCUCCCUACUCGAUGAGACUCUGCCCCCUGAAACAGAUCCUCCUUUCCCUGACUCAACAGAAAGCACAGAUCUACCCCCCAAACUGGCAACCCUCACUUCAAGUAUGUCAGACCCGGACCCAGCUCCAGGGCCAGCUCUCCCAGGUCCAGCUGCAGCUGAGGCCUGCUGCCCUUCAUCACCCCUCCUCCCAGCAGACAACCCGACACAGACUGACUGCUCUGCUCAAGGCAAGAAGAAAAAAGGCUUCUUCUCCAAAGGCAAGAGGCUGUUCAAAAAGCUGGGAUCCAGCAAGAAAGACUGAGUGGAGGCACCGGAUUCCAAGUACUUGCGUCAUAUUGAAAGCACUUUUCUAUCGUCACUGUAAGUCUCAGAUGGUAGUCAGAGCAGUUAGCGGCUGUCAGAUCUGAUAAUGCUUUAGAUUUAAAACAUUUGCCUUUGAGCACCUGCUAGACCUGUUAAUUUUAGAGAAUCUUAAACACAAAGACGCAGCUUACUACAACCCCAGAGCAUGCAUUAAAGCAUGUUGAAGUGUGCAAACUCACCCAUAUAUUACCUGAAUACUUCCUAAUUAAUCAAGCAUUUGCAAACUCUUAACUCAGUAGAGACUUUCAUGCUUAAUGAAGUAUUAACUCCAGUGGAUCAGGUUAAUGUAGAGCAGUAUGUCAGAGAAAGAUAUCAAACAGAAGACACGGCUAAUGAAACAUUAGCUUUAACGUUCAUGUACUGGUGCCACUUUAUUUACCCAAACAUCUCUUCCUCUGGACUGAAAACAAAUGCACUAACCAUCCUGAGUGGAUGUCUUUUUUAAGAAUCUGUCCCCCCGUUCCUCUCAUGUGUUCUCGUCUAUAAUGGUAUUUAUACAAUACUUUGUACAGUUAUUUAUUUGUAUCAGACUCCUGUCCUAAUCAUGGCCACAUUGCAUGAAGGGACAUCAGGGCAGGAGGUUAGUCACGUAGAGCUGUCAGAGACAGUCAUCAUCAUCCACUUUGAUAUGUUGAGUUAGAUCUGAUCUAGAUUAGAGGUGAACAGAGGAGGCUGUGGAGCAUACAGUUAAUGUAAAGAAUGUGAAGGCGUGACUGUGUUUAGGGUGUGAAAGUGUGACAGUUGAGUGUGUUUGUGUGUGUGUAGGUGAAGCCACCUAGUCCACUGGUGAUACUGAAACAGAGGCCUUUUAGAGACUUAAAUGGGAACUCUUGAUGUUUGUGGCAGCCGUCACAUCCGGCAUGAGGACUCAAUACGACAUGUUUAUAGGAGUGAGAUACAGAGACCUGAGCUGGUGUAGUGUUAGGUGUUCUGCAUGUUUUUCUGUCUGCAGAUGAGACAGAAACUGAUGAUUAUACAACUCAACUCAAACUUUAUUGUCAUUCAUCUGGAUAGCUUGUGUACAGCUGAACGAAAUUUAGUUUCUCACAUGGCAGGUGCAAAGCAGUGCAAGUGCAAAUAAACGACAGACAAAAAAUACACUGACAACAAAGACAGAAUAUAAAAACAAGACAAAACAACAACUCAAAAUAAUGAUAUUGUUGCUUCCUUAAUUCAUCUUCAUUUGAUGAUAAGAUUUGGACAUUAAGUUACUAAUUGAGGAGCAUGUUGGACUGAAUUUGGUGAGCAAGCUGUCAGCAACAACAUGCGCCAUUAGCAAAUUGGCACAGCUAAAAGUAUGCUAAGCUAGCUGUUAGCAGCACCUGUGUGCAAUUUAUCAAUGGUAACACUAAGUCUCACUCGUUUGUUUUGAUGCUCAGGGGCGUCGCCAGGAAUUCUGGGCCAUCCUGAAAAGAUAUCUGAGUGGGCCCCAUCACCACAGCCAUUCCUACAUAAUAUAACAUUGCUGCUAUAAUAC